AUGGUACGAUCGUGGCUGGUACACUCUACUAUCGCUUCUAUUGCUCACAGCAUUCUAUGGAUAGAUUCUGCUCGCGAGGUUUGGCUUGAUCUCCAUGAACGUUUCUCUCAGAAAAAUGUGCCACGCAUCUUUGAAAUACGGCAAGCCAUUUCAACUGACACCCAAGGCAGCGAUUCUGUCUCUGCAUAUUAUACUGUUCUCAAAGGGUAUUGUGACGAACUUACCUCUUAUCGCAGCUUGCCAACAUGUUCAUGUGGUGCCAUGAAUAAACUUCAAGAGCUUCUUCGAAUUGAUUCAUUGAUGGACUUUCUUCAAGGUUUCAAUGAAUCAUAUACUGCCAUUCGAAGUCAGAUCCUUCUUAUGGAUCCAUUCCCAACCUUAGCAAAGGCCUAUUCUCUUCUUCUUCAAGAAGAGCGCCAGCGGUCAUUACAUACCGUCCUCCCUGCUUCUAUUGAACAAUCGGCCAUGGCUGUCACUUCCACUCACCAAAAAUCUUCUCGUCCAAAACCAUUUUACCACUGCACCUACUGCAACAUGGAGACAUUCAGAGUCCCGCUGUUACAAGAAAAAUGGUUACCGUGA